AUGGCGACAGGGAAAGUGGUGGUGGAGAAAGUGGGAGGAAGAUCUACAGCUACGAGCUGCUUCUCGAAGUAUCCUCUCAAGUUCUUACUUCCUAGCAAGGCAGCUCCUGCUGGAACUGACGUUGUCUGGAUUUACAGUAUCACUUAUGGUGGCGGCAUUGUCUCUGGCGAUUCGAUUUCAUGUGAAUUCACAAUUGGUGAUGGAUGCACUGCAGUUAUUACAACGCAGUCUUCUACUAAGGUGUACAAGGCAAUAGGAUCAAAGUGUUCUGAACAGAUAUUGGAAGCGAGAAUCGGGAGUGAAGCUCUUUUGGUUGUGAUACCAGAUCCAGUGACUUGCUUCUCCACUGCCCGGUACUAUCAGAAACAGAUCUUUAGAUUGCUUUCAGAUUCCAAUCUGGUCCUUGUGGAUUGGAUCACAAGCGGGCGUCACGCUAAUGGCGAAAAAUGGGAUUUCGAGUUUUAUAAGAGCAUCAACAACGUCUACCUGGAAGAUGAUCACCCUUUAUUCCUUGACACAGUGCUACUAGAGAAGAGGAGCAUCCAAAGCAUAGCCGAACGGAUGCAAGACUAUCAAGCUAUAGCAAUGGUCAUACUCUUCGGGGCAAAGCUGAAGGAAAUCCAAAAGCAAGUCCAAGAAAAUGUGAAAAACAUGAUGUCAGAACAAUUACAGCUCUCUUAUAGUUCUCGGAGACACAAGUCUGAGUCAAGCUCUCGUAAUCGCUUCAUGAAACCAGAGUUUAUAGCUUCCUGUAGCACUUUCGGCCCUGAGGGAAAGGGAGUUGUGGUUAGAAUAGCUUCGGAUUCUACAGAGUCUGUCUACAAUUUUUUGAGGCAACAAUUGGCUGAGCUUGAACCAGUUCUUGGUCAAGCUCCUUAUGCUUGACUCUUUUUUCUUCUUCUUUUUUGACUUGACUCAAAGGUCCAUACAAUUGAAAUGAAUAAGGUAAUAGGAAACCAAAUAUCAAAAUAUGAUUUGUCUUGUGCCAAACACGACAUACAAGCCAAAAUGAGCUUG